CGCAGAGGAUGAGAUGAUUUCAAGCUUGGGUGGACAAAUUACUAACUUUAUCUUUAUAAAAAUUCAAGCUGCGCGGUUAAUAAGUUAAAUGCCGUUAAAAACAAAGGAAAUCAAAACGAAAAUAUGCUCAGCAAUCCCCGCACGUGAAUUAUCGCGCGCUCGUCACGUGACUGUCGUUCGCAGACAUGGCCGACGACUACAGACGAAGCGUCGAGCUGGAGAGGAGGAUUUUUGAGUUAGAUAACAAGUGUGCCACUCUUCGGACAGAGAAACCAGAUGAUGACUACUUACAGAAUGCAUCUUCUAUACUAGACAAGUUGAAAAACUUUUACAGACAUGGAGGAGAAUGCAACAGCCUCCCUAAACUACUGCAGGACUUUACACAGGUUGUCUUGGACAUUACAUUCUAUGAGGAAAAUAAGCUUGUAGAUCAGGAGUUUCCAGAAGACACUUCGCCUUUUAAAAUUCAGCAGUUACUACAGGACUUGACAGAGCCAGAGGUGUUAGCAGGGCGCCUGGUGCCUGCUCAAGAGGUGCAGUCUGUGCUGGGUCUGGAACUGUUGGAGUGCCUAUACUGGAGACGUGGGGCAUUGUUAUAUAUGUACUGUCACACACUACACCAGCGCAAGCAGUGGAUUAAGAAGAACAAAGCCACAUUCCUUAAGUGUCUUCAAGAAGGUGUGCGUUACCUUAUGAGAAUGUUGCAAGUAAGGAAUUCAGUGAAGCUGAACGAUGGUGUGGUUUUUCAUGACUCUGCAACCGCCAAUUUUCUGGCGGAAGGUAUCUUUUCUGAUACUCACUUGCUUACUAUGAUGUACAUUGGUGAGAUGUGUUUCUGGGCAGUGAAAUAUGAGGACUGCAGCAUGGACACCACAGAGCGCAAAGAGGACAGGCUUCAUUUCCGGGAUAUUGGCACACAAAUCCUGCAUAAGUAUGUGCUGGCAUGUGAGGGGCCACUUCAGGGUCAGGGCUGGAACACAGAGAAUGCCAAGGAGAUCCUUAGUAUUUUACAGUAACCCUGGAGAGAGCUUUGAGGAGAGGAGGCUCACAAAAUAUCAUUGUUCUGAAGCUAGCAAAAAAAGUAAACAAACAAACAAAAAAAGAUUAAAAAGGAAAAAUACUGUAAACAAAAAGGCACUUAUCUUCCAGUCCAGACUUGUUUUCUGGAUGUGUGUUUUCACUAAGAAUGUGGAAUAAUACUUCUAAUGUAAAAUAUAAACAAAUAACUAUUUGUUUAAGAAAAAUAUGCCAGCUGAGAAACAUCACGCAAUUCUUUUUAUUUAUUUUAAUUUUUAUUUAUUUAUUUUUAAUUACAUUUAUAUAUGUUAAAAGAAAUGGUACAAAGGAGGGGAGAAUGCAGAUAUAUGUUGCAUAUUUAAGUAUUCAUGACCAUUUUUAUGCAUGGAGCUUUUUCUUUUUAAUAACAUCUUUGUAUAUGAUACCUCUUUUGCUCACUUAUUAAAAGUUUUAUCUUUAUUCCUUUCAUUGACAAGAUGUAAUGUUCAGAGAUGGGAAUUUGGAUAUUUUGAUAGUAUACUUUUAAAAAGCUACACUUUUUGGUCAUAUUCUUUUUAAAAUGAAGUUCAUAUUUUUUUUUUUUUUUUUUAUGUC